AUGUUCUACAGAUUCUGGUGGCUUUUGUGGAUACUAGGACAGCAUGUGUUUUUGGCACAAAAUCUCAGUGAAGACAAAAGAAAUGGAGUAAGACAACAAAAAUCUAAGCACUUUCUGUCAAAUGCUGUAGAAAAAUAUCCCAGUCCAAGUGAUCAAGAUGAAGAUUGCGUUCUUGAAAUAGCUUUUCUACUGGACAGUUCAGAAAGUGCUAAGAACUAUAAUCACGAACAACAGAAAAAAUUUGUAUUAGAAACAGUGAAUAGUAUGAAAGAAGUGCAAGUCAAUUCUGGACGUACUCUCAGCUGGAGGAUGGCCUUACUUCAGUACAGUAGCACUGUUCUCAUGGAGCAAACUUUCCGAGACUGGAAAGGUCCUGAAGCUUUCAAAUCUCGCAUUGCUCCCAUAACCUAUAUAGGCCAUGGUACCUACACAACAUAUGCCAUAACCAAUCUCACACAACUGUACAUGACUGAAGGAACUUAUGGCAGUGUGAAAGCAGCUGUGCUCUUGACAAAUGGAGUGGAUCAUCCAAGAAAUCCAGAUAUUUUUGCAGCUACUGCUGAUGCUAAACAUCAAGGAAUAGUGUUCUUCACAGUGGGAAUGACCAGAGUGGCUGAGGAGGUGGCCAAUGUUGCCAAGCUUCGACUUCUGGCCAGUGUCCCAGCAUCAAGGUUUGUUUUCAACCUCCAGGAGAAAGGAGUUGUGGAGAAAAUUGUGAAAGAAAUGAAAGAUCUGGCUGAAGAAGGGUGUCCCCAAGCUCCUACAUGUAACUGUGAGAAAGGGGAAAGAGGCCUUCCUGGCCCUGCCGGAAAAAAGGGUCGUCCAGGUGAUGAUGGGGGUCCUGGCCAGAAAGGAGUAAAGGGGGAGGCAGGUCUCAAUGGAAUUCCAGGAAAAGAUGGAACAGAGGGAAAAUCUGGCUACAAAGGAGAAAAGGGGGAAAGAGGUGACUGUGGCACUCCAGGGAUAAAAGGUGACAGAGGUCCAGAAGGUCCAGUUGGUCACACAGGAUUAAGAGGUCUACAGGGUUCCCAAGGGCUACCCGGAGACCAAGGGCCUGAAGGUGUGCAAGGAUCAAAGGGUGAAAGAGGCCUCCCUGGGCCGCCUGGAUUGACUGGAGAAACUGGAAUAGGAUUGCCUGGCCCAAAGGGUGACAUUGGCUUGACAGGAAGACCAGGCCCUGUUGGCCCACCUGGAGCUGGUGAGCCAGGACUACCGGGGCCUCAAGGACCUCAAGGGAUUCAAGGAGAAAGAGGUUCACCAGGUGAAGGGCUUCCAGGACCAAAGGGAGAGCGUGGUUUUGAUGGUCCAAAAGGACCUCGUGGCCAGCCGGGCACUGGCAUAAAAGGUGAAAAGGGUGAAAUUGGCCCACCUGGUUUACCUGGGCCUAUUGGGUUAUCUGGCAUUGGGAUUCAAGGAGAAAAGGGGGUAGAAGGCCCAAAAGGACUGCCUGGUCCAAGAGGGCCACCUGGACAAGGGCUACCUGGAUCAAAGGGAGAACAAGGCUUGCCAGGAGAAACUGGAGCUCCCGGAGAAAGAGGUCCUGGGGAACCUGGUUCAAAGGGUGAGCCAGGUUCUUCAGGACUGGCAGGUCUGCCUGGUCUUCCAGGGGAAGAUGGAGCCCCAGGACAAAAGGGGGAGCCAGGAGUACCUGGCCUUCGAGGUCCCGAGGGUGCCCCAGGAAUUGGAAUACAGGGUGAGAAGGGUGAUCAAGGUCAGAGAGGUGUACGUGGAUUAUCGGGACCAACAGGAGUACCUGGACCUGCCGGUGCUAAAGGCGAACCUGGUGGGCCAGGACGUCUUGGAAUGCCAGGCCUUCCUGGUCGAGCUAUUCCAGGACCAAAGGGUGACAUUGGGUUACCUGGUCCUGCUGGCCCAGUUGGAGAACCAGGAGUUGGGAUUCCUGGCGCAAAGGGUGACCGUGGUCAUCCAGGACCACCUGGACCAUUUGGGCCAAAGGGAGAUGGUUAUCCAGGCCCACCCGGACUUCCCGGUCUUCCAGGAGCUCCUGGUGAACAAGGCCCCGAAGGAUUUGGAUUACCUGGACCUAAGGGUGAUCCAGGUGUUAGAGGACCAGUUGGUCUCCCAGGUCCACCAGGAGAAGGCCUUCCAGGACCAAAAGGAAAUGUAGGACGGCAAGGGUCCCCAGGCCCCCUGGGACCUCCAGGUGAAGGUAUUCAGGGAUCUAAGGGUGAGCAAGGAAUUCAAGGAAUGCCAGGACCUCGGGGGCCUCCUGGGGAAGGACUACUUGGACCAAAGGGUGAUCGCGGUGCUGCAGGUGAAAGGGGAAGAAAAGGAGAAAAAGGCAACAUGGGUGAUCCUGGUUUGUCCGGAGAACCUGGCAGUACUGGACCCAAGGGAGAGCAAGGCCUAACAAGAGAAGAUAUAAUUAAAUUAAUUAAAGAGAUAUGUGGCUGUGGUAUUAAAUGUAAGGAAAUACCUAUGGAGCUUGUGUUUGUGAUUGACAGCUCUGAAAGUGUGGGACCAGAAAAUUUUGAGAUAAUUAAAGACUUUGUCACUGCUUUAGUAGAUAGAGUAACUGUAGGCAGAAAUGCUACCAGAAUUGGUCUUGUACUCUACAGUUUAGAGGUUCGGCUAGAAUUUGGACUUAACAGGUACACAACCCAACAGGAUGUGAAACAAGCAAUUAGAAAAAUGCUGUAUAUGGGGGAAGGUACAUAUACAGCAACUGCUAUCCGCAAAACAACACAGGAAGGAUUUUUUGGUGCUCGAACUGGUGUGCGAAAAGUAGCUAUAGUAUUAACAGAUGGACAGGCAGAUAAGAGAGAGGCUAUUAAACUGGAUAUCGCUGUCCGAGAGGCCCACGCAACCAACAUUGAAAUGUAUGCAAUAGGAAUUGUAAAUACUUCAGAUCCAACACAAGUUGAAUUCUUGCGUGAACUAAAUCUGAUUGCAUCAGAUCCUGACAGAGAACAUAUGUAUCUCAUUGAUGAUUUUAAUACUCUUCCAGCUUUGGAGUCCAAAUUAGUAAACCAGUUUUGUGAAGAUGAGCAUGGUGCCUUAAUAUAUAAUCGUAUUGGAAAUGGUGCAAGCAUAAGUGGACCAUCUAUCCAUUCAUUGUCUUCCAGUUCUUCACAUUACUUACUUCACAGCAUCAACAAUGUUAAUGGACAAUCAGUUUCAUCAGACAGCCAUGGAACAUCUGUGAAAGAAAGCAAGCUUUCUCAACCAUUAGUUCCGACCAAAGAAUUAUCUGUGGCAGUUUAUGAAGACGGGCAGCCAUCCUUGCCCUCAGUGAACACCAGAGUAGUGGUAUCAUCACUGCCAUCAUCACCGCCAGACAAAAUGCUGUCACCAUCUCUUUCAUCAGCUUCCUCUGUGUUGCUUACACCCAGACCAGAAAAUAUCCUGGAUCCACGAUGUAAAUUGAGAUUAGAUCAAGGGUCAUGUCGUGUGUAUAUAAUAAAAUGGUACUAUGAUAAACAAGCUAAUGCCUGUGCUCAGUUUUGGUAUGGCGGUUGUGAUGGAAAUGCAAAUCGCUUUGACGUUGAAGAUGAAUGUAAAAAGGCCUGUGUAUUUCAUUCUGGAGAUCUCUUGGCAUCUUCAAAACCUGAGUUUACACAAAAGCAAGGGGAAGAAGUUAGACACUUGCUAACUCAGAUUGAAAACAUAGUCUGGUUCAAGAGGACCUACCCAGAAGAAAGCGAGUAG